ACAGUUGUCCAAUCUUAUAUUUGUGAAGUUUUUAUGAAAACUACUCCAAGAUACAACAACAUCCCUCCACAAAUCGCUAAUCUAUUGAUUAGAGCGAUUUCUAUCAACUCAGCAUAUACUUCUCGACUUAUGGCAUCUGAGGAUUCAAGUAAAACCAUAAAGCAAGUGGGUAACAAGACUGAGUGUGCUUUACUGGGAUUUGUGCAAGGACUGGGAAAAAGCUAUCAGACGAUUCGUGACGAAAUGCCUGAAGAACAUUUCACACGAGUGUACACUUUCAACUCUGUAAGAAAGUCAAUGAGCACCGUCAUCCCACGACAGGGUGGAGGGUAUCGACUUUUCACUAAAGGUGCUUCCGAAAUAAUUCUGAAAAAGUGAGUUUCGACAAGUGAUUUUCAGUCAAAUGAAGUUGAAAAUGUAGGUAUAUUUAUAUCUUUGUUGUAAUUCGGAAGUAAUUGAAAAACUUUUUUUUUUAAAUCACCGAUUGCAAUAAUUAUUAUGAGGUAUUCCUAUUACCACUAUA